AUGCCCACUACUGAGCUGACUCCUUGUCGAGAAGCAGUAAUGAUCCAUCCCCAUCGACACAAUGCAUUUGACCCUCAAUAUGAACAAUACCUGGUAUUAGAGAGAGCUGACAAUGAUGUAAGCCCUGAUACAGUAAAGAAUUGUUGUGAUGUACGUGCUAGCCCCCUCUUUGUGAAAGCGUUGAGGAGAGCAAUUGUAAUGCAGGGAAAGUGGCAUCUUCUGCACAUGGUAUGUACGGAUGCUGCUAAGACGACCAGUGGUUUGUCACUCGAACCGGUCAUAAUUACGAGAUUGAUUGAUAGGUAG